CUAUUUCCAUUCUAAGCUACAGAGAAUCCAAUUUACUCAGCUUCAUGGACAGAAUAGCGCUCCUGACAGCGCAGUACUUUCAACAAGUCGAUCCUCCCUCUCUCUCUCUUCCCGAUGGCCCCGCCCUCGUUUCUUCCACCAUACAAACCGCCAUCUAUGAGAAAAUGUUCAAUGAGGACACAGCAUGGCCUCUCCCUCCAGCUUCCUACCAAACACGCGUCUUGAAGACGAUUAUCGCACAAAUUGAAAAAUCAAUUUCCAACACUGAGGAGGAUGAAAUUAUCGACAGUCUCAUGGAGAAAUGGACCUCUUUACUCUCAACACCAAAACCUUCUGCUCUCCAACAAGCGCAGAAGCUCACCUACAUCAAAUACAGCGCUCCCGUCUCCUUAAUACCUGUUUCAGAGAGCUCAUCCGAAUGUGAUGGAACCAUAGACCCAAGAACAAUUAUAACCUCUGAAAACCGCUCCCUUAUUCUCUCCGGCGGGACCACUGGUUUCCGCACCUGGGAAGCGGCUCUACACCUAGGCACAUUCCUCUCAACGACUAGGGCUGGCAAAUCCCUGGUAGCAAACAAACGCGUUCUCGAACUUGGUGCCGGCACCGGGUUUCUAUCCUUUCUUUGCGCGAAACAUCUUGGUGCGGAGAGCGUCAUUGUUACGGAUCGGGAGCCCGCCCUUAUCGAACAAAUCGAUGAUUGUAUUGACAAAAAUGGGUUGGAGAGAACGCAAAUCCAGGCGGGAAUCUGGGAAUGGGGAAUGCCACUUCAGGUCCCUUCACUCUUAGAGAAAAAUGAUCGUGCAGGGUUUGAUAUUGCCCUCGGAGCGGACCUGAUCUACGACUCGGAUAUCGUGACCCUUCUCGUCUUUACAAUCAAAGAUCUCUUCGACAACUACUCCCUGAAGGAGUUUAUCAUUGCUGCCACAGUCCGUAACGAGGAUACAUUUCGCACAUUCUUAGAUGCCUGCGAGUCGCCGCUUUGGUUGGUUAGACUCUUUGGUAUUUCUAGCAUAUCGUGGAGGCAAGACAAGGCUCAGCGAGCAAGAAUGCGACUUGACGCUUUCACGUCUAGUGGAUAUGGAUAUAACCGGGAUAGGAACUAA